UACAUUGAAAUAUUUGAGCAACCCAGGCAAAGGGGCAUGCGUUUCAGAUACAAAUGUGAGGGAAGAUCGGCAGGCAGCAUUCCAGGAGAACACAGUACCGAAAACAAUAAGACGUUCCCUUCCAUACAGAUUCUGAAUUAUUUUGGAAAAGUCAAAAUAAGAACUACGUUGGUAACGAAGAGUGAACCCUACAAGCCACACCCUCAUGAUCUGGUUGGAAAAGACUGCAGGGAUGGCUACUAUGAAGCAGAGUUUGGUCCAGAACGGCGAGUCCUGUCUUUUCAGAAUUUGGGCAUUCAGUGCGUGAAGAAGAAAGACCUGAAGGAAUCAAUUUCUUUACGAAUCUCGAAGAAGAUUAACCCUUUCAAUGUGCCUGAAGAACAGCUGCACAACAUCGAUGAGUACGAUCUCAAUGUCGUCCGCCUCUGCUUCCAAGCUUUCCUCCCCGACGAGCACGGCAACUACACGUUAGCUCUUCCUCCUUUGAUUUCCAACCCCAUCUAUGACAACAGAGCUCCCAACACAGCAGAAUUAAGAAUCUGUCGUGUGAACAAGAACUGUGGAAGCGUAAAAGGAGGAGAUGAAAUAUUUCUGCUGUGUGACAAAGUUCAGAAAGAUGAUAUAGAAGUCAGAUUUGUCUUGGACAACUGGGAGGCCAAAGGUUCCUUCUCACAAGCUGAUGUUCACCGUCAAGUUGCGAUUGUGUUCAGAACGCCGCCCUUCCUCAAAGACAUCACCGAGCCCGUCACGGUGAAGAUGCAGUUGCGAAGACCUUCAGACCAGGAAGUCAGUGAACCUAUGGAUUUCAGAUACCUGCCAGAUGAAAAGGAUCCAUAUGGCAACAAAGCGAAACGGCAAAGAUCGACAUUGGCUUGGCAAAAGCUCAUACAGGACUGCGGAUCAAAUGCGACAGAGAGGCCCAAAGUAGCUCCGUUCUCCACUGUCACUCCUGAAGGGAAGCUGAUUAAGAACGAACCCCUGUUUUCAUCCACGUUGAUGAUGCCGAGGCUAGAAACCCUGGCCAACACUAGUCAGAGCUACGCUGUCUGCAACGAGAUUGCCCAUCCGCCUGCGCAGGUGGGGCCGGGGAAGCAAGAC